CGACAACUAAGACACAGUCUUCAAUACUCCUGUAUAUGGCGCUACACCCAUAAAAUUCGACUAAGCAGUCCUUCAUAUACAUCCAAAGAUGGCAGAUGUUGAUGCCACCGCGGAUAUUCCCCAGUUCACUUUCAAAAAACGAAAUGUAAAAGCCAAAUCGACUAUCCGCAAGCGAGAGGCGACUCCUCCGGCAAGCGAUUCCGACUCAGGAUUCACCUCUUCUGAAGACGAAGAGGGAAGACAUAUUAAGAGGAGGCGGAAAAACGCAGGCUUGACUACAGCAUCCUCGACACAGCUUCCAAAACAUCGUCCUGCCCCAACCGACCAAGCCCCUGCGACAGCAGUCGCUGCGCUUUCAAACAAGGCCGACGCUACCAAAGCAUCAGAUUGGUAUGAUGAAAACAAACCCCAAGCCAAGGAAGCCCAACCCGCACCGUCGUCUGGUGCUGGGAACUCAGAUGGCACCUACAAGGGAGUGGCAAACUAUCAGUCCUUCAUCCAGAAGAACCCCGAUCGAAGCGGGAAACAAGUGGGACCAGUGAAAGCGUCAGGCAAUGUACGGACAAUCACAGUCACUGAUUUUGCACCUGAUGUGUGCAAGGAUUACAAAACAACUGGCUUUUGCGGAUUUGGAGACAAUUGCAAGUAUUUGCACGCACGAGAGGACUACAAGCACGGGUGGCAACUGGAUCGCGAUUGGGAGAUCAACACAAAAGGGAAAAAGCUCACAGGAACAACGGUGGCCUCUGCGAAUCGCAACGCGGAAGGUGGUGCAGAUGACGAGAACGAUGAGGCUCUUCUGGAAAGCAUCCCUUUUGCAUGUGUAAUCUGCAAGAAAUCUUACACCAGUCCGAUUGUGACCAAAUGCGGGCACUACUUCUGCGAAGCGUGCGCCUUGAAGCGAUAUCGAAAAGACCCAUCUUGUGCCGCCUGCGGGGCGGGAACCAGUGGGGUGUUUAACGUGGCGAAAAAGCUGAAUCGCUUAUUAGACAGGAAGAGGGAGCGAGAACGCAUCAAAAAGGAAAAAGCAAUCGAAGCAGGAGAAGAAGGAGUCGAGGAAUGAACAUCGACCACUCCACAAGUUUAUACCCAGGUCUGAAGCCCCACCGAGGGGUUGUGGCGCGCGCCCACCAAGAUAUGAUAGACCACAUGUAAUUAUUAUGUAUAUGAUGAAUCCAAUCAAUGAAUCACCA